AUGGACUGUUUGAAGACGCUUAUGCUGUGUAUGAUGCAUGAGCGCAGUGCAGCUCCAGUGCAGCCUUGGUCAGCUGAAGCAGUCCACUUUAUGACGGCCACCUCAUGGGCGUCUCCUUAUGAACUGUCUGAUCACGUAUUUAUAACUCGCUGUUCAAGCACUGCAGUGGUCCUAAACCCUCUCUGUAUGCUGUCUCACUUCCUCGUAACUGAAGAUGUGACUUUAUGUCAAGGAUUCCAUAGACGAGAACUUGAGCCUACGUCGAGAGAUCCAUGGGAGAGGUGA